AUGAGGGAUUUAUCUCAGACAGCGAAUGACCGACGGAAUCAAUGCGGACGCGUCUGCAGAAUCAUCGAGCACAUGAUUGACUACGAAGACUGGAACAAAGACACACCCUUCGUAGGUAAAGCCGAGUCAUUUAUGGCGAAUAACUUCGUUGCCGAUGUUGCGGCCAGAGGUAUGAUCAGAGCUGCCAAAGCGGAACGCGAAUCCCGCGAGGCCGGGGCAGCAGGAGUUCCGCCGGAGGUCGAGUCGCAUUUUGACUUCGACUUCUCGAUAUGGGAUCCGAUGGGAUGGCCGGUGAAUUGGCAGGAUGGUGAUGACCUACUAUUUCUCAACGAGAAUAUUGGUGGGUCCUCGUGA